AUGUCGCCUAAUGGAACCAAUGGGACGACCGAGCCCAAACACGGCAAGAUGAUGUCGCAGAACGAGUAUAUGCCAGAUUUGCCGGCCAAACAUCUCAAUACUCCAGUCGAAGUCACUCCAUCGCCCGAGGAAAAGACCACUGGGCACUUCAAUGAUGCCAACAUCAAGCUGUUCCUCUCUGGGAUGCAUCGAGAUGGUGUAGUCAUUCUCAAAGACAUCAUCAACCCAGAUCACCUCGAUGUCAUCAACGAGUUCAUGAUUGAGGACACCAAGAACGAACUCAGCAAGGAGAAUCUGUACAAAAACUUCGGUGCCGAGAAUAUUCAACAAGGUCCUCCUCUGACGCCACCAAAAUACUUCUUUGACGACGUCUAUCUGAAUAAGCUCCUUUUCCAUGCCGUGAAUCUUUACCUGGGACCGAACGCGACAUGGAACAUGGUCAGCGGCAACAACGCCUUACCUCAUGGUGUCAAGCGGCAACCUGUUCACUCCGAUGCCAUGUGCAAUCAUCCCCCGGCACCUUUCUACGUGGUUGCAAAUGUCUACACCUGUGAUGCUAGCGCUGCCAAUGGCUCGACAGAGAUUUGGCUGGGGACGCAUCAUUUCAACACUGAGGCUCAGACACCGCCCGGUCCAAAAGGCGAAACUCACAUCACAGACGAGUAUGUGGCGGAAAGGCAGAAAACUCUGCCUGGCAUUCAACCUACGGUGAAGAAAGGUUCGAUCUUGUUCCGCGAUAUGAGAUUAUGGCAUGCCGGAGUGUGCAACAAGUCCGACGACAUGCGGUUCAUGAUUGCCUUGGGGUUCUCUGCCAGCUGGUGGCACGGCACAGCAAAGUUCAGAGUCCCCGCGGAGACAGGAGUAUUUGAGCGCAUCAUUCACGGCACCAAGGGCCAGGGGAUCACGCCUUUGAUGAUCGAGCUGCCCCCAGAAGAGUAUGAGAAGCUGCGGGAUGCACAUGACUUUAGCGAUGUCGAGAAGAUGACGUACGAGGGGGAAAUAUUCUAG